UGACACAAUGCGCUUUGUGUGCGUGCAUGCGUGCAGCCCGCGGCGAAAGUGACGACACACUAUAUAUAAAGCCGGGGGCUGCGGGGAGGCUCAUUCAUUUGGGGAUCAAACUCGGCAUCCACAGCAUCAUGGUGUUUCAGAAGCGAGCGGUUCUCCUCGGCGUUUGCCUGGCGGUGCUCGGGGCGGCGACGGCCCAUCCCGGCAAAAACGAAAACGCAGCCCAAGGGCAGCGACUGUUGCCGAGCGCCAAGGAACUGCACUCGAAGGAAAAGGACCAAGAUGCUGUAGGGGCCAGCCCCAGGUUCGGCUUCCUCAGCAACUCAAUUUAUCCCCAGGGCACUUACAGCACCGGCACUGGCCAGUACGGCGCCGCCUCUCCCCUGAAGCUGGACCUUGGUGGUCUCCUGGUCGGAGGAGCCAUUGGCCUGGGCCUCAUCUUCCUGGUGCCCAAACUGUUCUACCCCUACGGUGCCAGGGACUGCAGUGGCUACAACAAUUACCAGGCUCGCAGCACUGACGCAGACACAGAGAGCGCGGCCACCACCUUCCUGACCAGACUGAACGACGCCCUGGCCAAGAACAACAUCGACACCGCCAGUUGCGCCCAGAGGGCCCUUUGCUCCUUCGUCCAGAACGCCAACGGAAAGGUCAAGGAAGGUUCCGCCUCGGACUACGAAAAGGUCAUCAGCGAAAUUACCAGCCAAGCGUCUUCCGAGAACAUUUUCAACUCGACCGAGUACCAGAGAGCUCUGGACGUGGGACGCUCCGGCGGAGACUGCGCAGCGACCUUCCAGAGCUGCAAGUCCAACUCGGACAAUGUAAUCGGUGCAGUCAGGUCUUUCAUGAUGUCCAUCAUUUUCUAAGAGACCGCAGCUGACGCUAUUUAUAUACUUGUAUAUUUAUUACACCGAAACAAAGCUCCAAUUUUUAUCAAAUAAAAUCCAAAAACCAUACAAAAAAGUCACUUUUUUAAAUCGCAAUUAUAUUUGAAAAUAAAUAAAUAAAGGCUGUACUCACUCUUCGAAGUUGGUCUUGACGAAUAUUAAAUCACUUCCAUAGAUCACAAUCUGCAGAGUUUCGAAGAUUCCAUC